AUGGCAGACAACAUUCCUUUUGAAAUUCAAAUUGAAAUCGUCAAAAGACUUCCUGUUAAAUCAGUAGCCAUAUUCAGAUCGAUAUCAAAAGCAUGCAAAUCAAUGAUCGACAGCCCUCUCUUUAUUGCCAAUUACACCAAUUUUCAUCAGCAUCAUCGGCUUCUUAUAAGGUAUGAAUUCGUCAAUACUUUUCCUGAGAAGGAAAUCAAAUAUGUUUCCAUUGUUGACAAUGACACUUUCUCCCAGCACGAAUUUGACAAAGUUUGUAAUGUUCCCGUAUCGUUUAAACUACUUAACAAACUAUAUCUUGUUAGUACGUCUCAAGGGUUGUUAUGCUUUUCUGGUAUUUCUCAAGAGGAUGGCUGUGAUGAGGAAACAGCUGUGAUUUGGAAUCCGAAACUUGGAAAAUCCAUUGCUGUUGAUGUGCCUUGUAUAUUUGCUGCUUUAGGCUUUGGGGUUCGUCCUGAUAAUUUUGACCCAAUGAUUGUAAUGGUGGGUAAUGUGGCACAUCCUAAACCGGUUAUGCUGUUUACUUUAAGCUCACGGGUUUGGAGAGUUCCAUGUGGUAACCUGCCACCUAAGUACAUUUAUUUUCCAAAAGUGUCUCCGGUAGCCACAGAUAAUCGGUGUAUUUAUUGGAAAGCUUUUAAGUGGCAUAUUAAUCUUGUUGUUUCGUUUGAUAUGGUGAGUGAAAACUUUAUGGAAAUAAACCUCCCUCAUAGUGUAGCACACGGGACUUAUCAUGAUUUCUCCGUCUCUAAGAUAAAGGAGUCUCUUGCUCUACUUGAAUACUCUGAUGACGCCGAGAAACGAGUUUGUGGUGUAUGGAUGAUGGUGGAGGAUUGUGUUUCAAAAUCGUUCACAAAGCUAUUUACCGUGAACACACCAUCAUUUGAGACUAAGGUUCUCGGAUUUAGUAAGAAUGACCAACCCAUUAUGGAAAAAGUUAUAGCUAAAUCUGGGGUAGCAUCAUCACUUGUAGUUUAUCAACCAUGCACAAGAGCCAUCGAGAAUGUGUGGAUCAUUGGCAGGCGUGGUUCAUUCUUUGUGAGUUCCUACACGGCAACUUUACUUUUGCUAGAUGAGUUGGAUGAGCAAUCUAUAAAGAUCCAAUUGCAGUUUUAG